AUGCGCAAAUUUCAGACAUCUUCCUAUAUAUUUCACUAUUUAGAAUCGGCUAGCGGUGUAAAGAUCAUAGUGACAAGUGAUCUCAGUGUACAGGACUUGCAAGAGCAGCUUUGGGAUAUUUAUGCACUCUACUCCAAAGCGGUCGUACAAAAUCCAAAUUGGCAAGUCGAUGAUUGUAUCGAGAUCCCAGCGUUUGCAAGUGGUGUGGAUUCUAUUUUAUUGUGCGUUGUUUGUUUGGCCAGCAACUCGAGGUAUUUCAAAUAA